AUGGUCACUGCUCAAGGCAGGGAUGAUCCAAACCAGAACACUGGUAUAGUUAUCCAAAAAUGUAGGAUUGGGGCAACUUCAGAUCUCAAGCCCAUUAUAGGGAGUGUUGAAACGUAUUUGGGAAGGCCAUGGAGGGAAUACUCGAGGACUGUCGUUAUGCAAUCUGAUAUAAGCAAUGUUAUACAUCCAGCAGGGUGGUACGAGUGGAAUGGCAAUUUUGCGCUGAACACGCUAUUUUAUGCCGAGUAUCAGAAUACUGGUGCUGGUGCUGGAACGUCAAACAGGGUCACAUGGAGGGGAUUCAGGGUGCUCACUAGUGCGAUCGAGGCCCAACCUUUUACUGCUGGGAGAUUUAUCGCGGGCGGAAGUUGGCUAGAGGCAACUGGAUUUCCAUUUUCUCUUGGCCUUUAA